GAGAGAGGGAGGCGGAAGACACUUGUGCUUACAAGGAGGAAGUGCUGGAAAAUAACAACAGGCAGGAAGAGACCGAGAACAGGCUGAGAUAGAGGGGUCACGGCUCCGGUGUGGAAACAAACCGGGAGAAAGUUAGAAGGGACACGUCAGAGAGUGUACGAGGCAUGAUACCGUGAGGUCAGCCACAACCAACAUGGCUCUGCUCCUGGCUCUUCUGUUUGGUCAGCUGUUGUUUACAGAGGGAUAUUCCGUCUAUGAUACCUCUCCCUGCAUCGCGGGAUUUUUUCACUGUGAUUCUGGCUGCCUCCCUCUUUCCUCCCGCUGUGAUGGUACCUUUCACUGUAGGGAUCAGUCUGACGAGCGUGGAUGUCAUCCAUUAUGUAACCUCAACUUGAAAGACUUCUACGGUGUGUUUUCUUCACCUGGUUUUCCUGGACCUCCACUAACUCUGCUUACCGGUUAUUGCCGUUGGCUUAUUGACUCAGGUGAUGGACGUGGUCUUUCACUUCGGUUUUCUUCACUCCAGCUUUCUGGAACAGAUGAUCUUGUUGUUUAUGAGGAUGACCUGGGAGGUUCCCCCCGUCCUCUCCGUGCUCUGGAUUGGCAAAGCAAUGGCAAAGCUGUAACUGUUGAGUCUGUUGGUGGACGAGUUAUUGUUGUAUAUCACUACACCUCUGAUAACUUUGGAAUCUCUAGAUUUGACCCCGCUGUUACACACCGCUCUGAGUUAAGGAUUCCUGGAUCUGAUUAUCCAUUGUCUUAUGGACCCAUAGACCGUGGCUCUGAUCCAUAUCUGUCUGACAGGAUUAGCUCUGCUUCAGUUCGAUCUCGCUCUUAUGGAUCUACUUUUCGUAGCGGACGAUACCAACUAUUUCGUCCCAGGGGCUUCAAUGCCACUUACCGCGUGCGGGGCUAUUGUUUGCCGUGGGACCAGCCGUGUGGCUCCAGCCCAGGGAUUUUGUGGGAUGACACAAUUGAAGAAGGUGGUGGCUGCUUCACAGAUGCACAGCGUUGUGAUGGAGUCUGGGAUUGUGCCAAUGGCCGAGAUGAGAUGAACUGCACAGGCUGUGCAUAUGGGCACUUCCCAUGUGCCAUGAGUCAAUCCUGUUACCCUCUUACUGAAAGAUGCAAUUACCAAACGUCGUGUCAAGAUGGCACAGAUGAGAGGGGCUGCCGUGGGUGUCAGCCAGGAGGCUUUCACUGUGACCUUGAGCGCUGUAUAUAUGAAGCAUGGGUUUGCGAUGGGCAAGCAGACUGUCGUGAUGGAAGCGACGAGAGGAACUGUGGUUAUACGCUACCUCGUAAGGUCAUAGCAGCAGCUGUUAUUGGAAGUUUGAUCUGUGCUACACUUCUGGUUGUAGCUCUUGGAUGUACCUGUCGGCUUUAUACAACAAGGGCCCGAGAAUAUAGCAUAUUUGCACCUCUGUCGCGAAUGGAUGCAGAGCUGAUCCAGCAGCAGGCACCACCAUCUUAUGGCCAGUUAAUAGCCCAGGGUGCUAUCCCACCUGUUGAUGACUUUCCCACCGAAAGUCCCAGUGACAGCUCUUUCAUGGGGAAUCUACGUAGCCUUUUGCAGUUUCUUCAGCAGGCUCCCCAAAGCCCUCCUGGGGGUGUGACUGAGACGGCAUCACGACGUCGGCCACCACGCCCAGUCAGACGUUUACUUCGCCGCUUGAGGCGCUGGGGUCUCCUUCCUCCACGUCCACAAGGACCACAGGAAGAUUCUUCCCAGACUCAGACUUCACCACCAGAUGAAGCAACAGAAACCAAUGAACCAUCCUCUGCUCCACUGCUCCCAAUCAAAACUCCACUGGAUCCUCCGCAGUCUUCAUCGCCCCAGCCUGAGCCCUCCGUUUCCUCACAGCAGGUUCUGCCAUCAGAGGAUAGGAGAGGUCUGAUGAUGGGUGUCAUGCAAGUAGUUAGGGAAAGAAUUUUACACCCGCUGGUAGGAGAGAAUGCUGUUGGAGGAAUGAGAGUAGAAGAGAGGCAGGAGGUAGAACAUGAUUUAGAAACAAGCGAGGAAGAGGAUGAGAUGUUACUAUUGCCCCUGGCAGAGGGGUGGGAUGGGGCAACAGGGGACGUGGGGCUAAUUGUAUGUUAGCACAGCUUUGACAUAGCUUGGUUACUACAACUUUGCACAAGGUGAAGGGCUCCUAAACUGUGUCUGCACCAGCAUUCCCGUAUGUUUGUGCUCCCUUACCAUAUUUUGAAUUUUGUGUAGAAAUCAAAUUGGUGCCUGAUGGGCACAUCACAGAACGAGACGCAAGACUGUGAUAUGCUGCAUAGAAAUGAGGUAGACUUGGUGAUCCGUGAUUUGGGUUAGUGUUUCAGUGCAGAAAAUCAAUGUCUGGGCUCUCACACCCCAUGGGAGAUGCUUGAAGGUAAUUGGUAGAAAAUAUUUUUAUCCAGUCCUGUACCUUCUUUUAAAUCAAUUUCACAUAAAAAGCCAAACCAACAGUAACUUCUAGAAAGUGGACAGGGUUUCUCUAUUUUUCUAUGAAUUUUUUUUUUUGGAUCUUUCAAGCUUUUAGCUUCAAAAAAUAGCCCAUACCCAAAUGGGUGCAGCUUGCUGGCAACAGUGAAGUAUUUUAACACAAUUAUUGUAUCUUUGUAAUAACUGUACCACAUUAACCCUCUCUCUGCCAUGCAGGCUUCCAGACAUUCCUUGUUUUUAUUGAUGCACUGUUGGCAGCUGGUUCUGGCAGUGAAUGGGUUAAGUGUGUUUUUGUUUGAUAGUGUGAAUUGUGGGCUUGCCAGGUAAAUUAUUUAUUUUCUGUGAUUAUGUAAAUAAAAAAAAAAAUAACUA